UAGCUGUAGCCGAAGUCGCCGUUGUUUGUGAGAGUACCGAAAAAAGGAGGAAGAACAUCAUUUUGUGAGGCUGUUUCUUUGUUCAUGUUGUGCUCUGGUGUUCUAGAAGAGCUGUCGAAAGUCAUUUCUCACAGUGCAUUUAAGGUAUCGUGGAUACUUUAGUGAUGCUGUCAGUGUAUUAUUAGUCAGUUAGUAAACACCGAGAGACAAGAUGCAGAAGAAGGCGUGUUUGCUCGCUGUUGCAGCAGGUCUGUUUGUGGUGUGUUUCCCAGGUACGUGUUUCACGGCCGCCGUUCAUGAGGCGAGCAGAGAUGAGUUGGCUCAUGGAGAGGAAACGACUGCUGACACGGCAGGCAUUAUCGAGGCAUUCGUGGUACCCCAUAGUCAUAUGGAUGUCGGAUGGAUUUACACUGUUCAGGAGAGCAUGGUGGCUUAUGCAGCGAACGUUUACACCACAGUCGUAGCAAGUCUCAUCAAAGAUAAAUCUCGACGCUUCAUCUGCGUUGAACAAGAAUUCUUCAGAUUGUGGUGGACAACGGUUGCAAACAACACUCAAAAGAAUCAGACCCAACAGCUGGUUCAAUCUGGUCAGUUGGAGUUCAUCAUUGGAGGGCAAGUCAUGCAUGAUGAAGCAGUCACUGAGUACAGUGCCACCAUUCAACAGAUGACAGAGGGUCACUCUUUCAUCUAUGAGAACUUUGGAAAGCGCCCUCACUUCAGCUGGCACGUAGAUCCCUUUGGCGCAUCAUCAGCAACGCCCUCGCUGUUCGCAAUGAUGGGUUUUGAUGCGCACCUAAUAUCCCGGAUCGAUUACGACGUUAAGGACCAGAUGCAAAAGAGCAAAAGUUUACAGUUCGUUUGGCGUGGGUCGCCCUCGCUUGGUAGCAAACAGCAGAUCUUUACCCACGUCAUGGACCAGUAUAGCUAUUGUACUCCACCAGAUUUGCCUUUCUCAGAUAAGACCGGUUUCUACUGGAAUGGAUACGCCUUGUUUCCCAAACCACCAGUUGAUGGCGUUUAUCCUCAUAUGAGUUUGCCAGUCACAGAUCAAAACAUCAAACAGUACGCUGCUACCAUGGUCAACAGUAUCAAACAGCGUGCAGCCUGGUUCAAAACACCUCAACUUCUAUGGCCAUGGGGUUGUGACAAACAGUUCUUCAAUGCAGCAAUCCAGUUUGAGAACAUGGACAAACUCGUCUCCUAUAUUAACAAGAAUUCUAAGGGCCUCGGGGUUCACAUCCAGUAUGCAACACUUGGAGAAUACUUUGAAGCUAUCCAUAAAAUCAACACCACCUGGGCUGUGAGAGGAGAAGAAGACUUCUUGUCUUAUUCGUCCGCUGCUGACUCAGUCUGGACUGGGUUUUACACAUCUCGUGCUAAUCUAAAAGGAACAGCUCGACGCGCACAAUCAACUCUUCAUGCUGGUGAGACGCUGUUCAGUGUGUAUCUCAACAUGCCUGCAGUCAACCGUACUGUAGACGUUUCUGGAGCAUUGACAAAUCUGUCUUCGUUGCGUUGGGCUUCGGCCGAGGUCCAACAUCACGACGGAGUGACCGGCACAGAGAGCCCUAAGGUUGAGGCUAUGUAUGAAGAUCAUCUCCUCUCCGCCGAGACCAAGACUCUCAACUCAAUGAAGAUGAUGUUUAAGGAUCUCCUCAAGAAACCAGCAAUGGAUGGAACAGAUGCAGAGAACAUUCUUACAUCCUUAAACAAUGGGGAGGCAUUGGAUGUCGGACCUGACAAGCCCCUGGCUCCAAUACUUGUGUACAACCCACUAGGCUGGUCUGUCAAGAGACUGGUGCAAAUGAACAUUACCGACCCUAAUGUGACUGUCAUUGAUAUACAUGGGAGGCACAUUGGGAGCCAGGUUAAUCGUCCCAUAAGUCCAGGGGACCCAUACCAUCUUUUCUUUUAUGCCCAACUAUCACCGAUGAACUUUGACGUCUACUACAUCAAGUACCAGACCAAACCGGAUGAUACCAUUGCAACCAUGGGGAGGGUCGAAAGCCUUCCCACAAUCAAGCUCAACGUUGCAUCCAUGAAUGAUAAGAAUCGUACCCCCAAGAUGGCGUCUUAUAAGAACAUCAGUAACGACUGCUUCGAUGUGACGUAUGAUAUGAGCACUCAACUGCUGCACAGUAUCACGGACAAACACACUGGUAAAACCAUCCAAAUGCAACAGACAUUCAUGGAGUACUACUCAUACUAUGACGUUAUGUUUGGACAGACGUCAAACAACUAUGUGUUCCGCCCUCAGGGUUCGGCUCAUUCCGUCGGUGACAUGGUGAAGACGGAUAUAGUAACUGGUCCUUUUGUCAACGAAACCAGGCAAUCUAUCUACAAUAUGUAUGACUCUCAGAACAGUCGUUUCGUUGUUACUCUGCGACUCUUUAAAUUGCCGCACACUCACAACGAUGACAUCGUAUGCGGCCAUAUCGAGUUGGACUUCAAAGUUGGACCACUCACACCAAACAAAGAGCUUGUCUACAGGUUCGCCACCAAUAUCGAUUCUUCAAGCACCUUGUAUACCAAUGACAACGGCUUUCAAACUAUGACGCGCAAACUACGCACUAAAGUUCCAGAACCGGUUUCUCAAAACUACUAUCCACUGGUAAGCUCAGCUCACAUUGAGUCAGUGAAACAGGAUGUUCGUUUGACGGUCAUGUCAAAGAGAAGUCAUGGUGUGGCGAGUUUAAAGAACGGCCAGAUGGAGGUGAUGCUCCUUCGACGUCUUGUCACCAACUCCGGCUACGACGACAAAAACAACCUGACGUUGGAGCAGCCGCUUGUUGUCACGCCAACGCUCUGGUUUUUGCUUGGUAACCGCACGCACUCCAGCGAGCUUCAACGUCGUGCCUGGCUGCACUUGGAGAACCCACCGAUCGUCAUGGCUGUCAAUCAAACUCAGACAGCGUGGUAUAAAACAUGGAAAGCGAACAGAGCAAAACAAGUUCCAACAGUUGCAGAGCUCCAGGGUUUAUGGAAUGAGAACAUCAUAAGCAAACCCCUACCUACAAUCUUCCCCGACCUUCCUCCUAACGUCCACCUCUUGACAUUUAAGACCCCAGGCUGGACGUACAAUACCUCUCAUGAGGCACACCUUGAGGACAUCCAAGCUAACUUGGCAAAUGGAAUCUAUGAUAGCUCCAAAAAAUCUCCAAAUUUCAAACGAAUCUUAAUCCGUCUCCAACAUCUGUAUGAGAAAGACGAGCAUCCUAUCCUCUCUAAGCCAGUUACGGUGGAUCUUGUGAAAUUCUUGUCUCCGUUCAAUCAAUCUAUCGCUGAGAUUAGUGAGCGAAGUCUGUCGGCAAUCUGGCCCACUAACCAGGUCAAACGCUGGACUUGGAACACUAAAACGGGCGUAGAAAACGAUGAGGCUACCGACGAUUUCAAUCAAGAUGCUGUUUCUGUGGUACCGACUAAUGUGACGUUGAAUGCUCAAGAAAUCAAGACAUUCUUUGUUACCUUUGGAAAGAAAUAGAACUGAAUUUGACUCUACAAAUGUCUCAAAGAACCGUAGAAGACUCUAAAAUAAGGUCAGACCUCUGUUACCUUACACAUAGACUGUGCAAGUCUCGUUAAAGUUGUUUCCUUUACACGUUAAAGGAUUUGGGUACUUUUAACACAAAACACAA